AUGAAUAUUCAGCCAAAUCUUUUAUUUGAGGACGACAAUGAAAUAUUAGAGUUCAUUAAUUAUCGUCAAAGACCUUACACGGUACGAGAUAGAAUAAAACAUAUGAUGAAAUGGGAUGAUCAUGAUUUUAGGAUGAGGUUUAGACUUUUUAAAGUUGUUGUUGAACAAGUUUUGGAUUUAAUAAGGGACAAUAUAUCUGUAGAAAACCAAUGGAAUUGUGCAAUAGCACCUGUAGACCAAUUAUUAGUAACACUGCGAUUCUAUGCAACAGGAAGUUUUCUUAUUAAUGCCGGUGACUUUUUCGGUGUUAGUAAAUCUUCUGCUUGUAUAAUUAUUCGCACUGUUAGCACAGCUAUUGCAUGCCUAUGUCAUCAAUUUAUUCGUAUGCCAACUGCAGAUGAAGAAGUGUAUACAUUACAGAGAGGUUUUUACGAAAUUGCUAGAUUUCCAAGAGCUAUAGGUGCAAUAGAUUGCACACAUAUUCAAUUUCAAAGUCCAGGUUAUUGA